AUGGCCGCGUACACAAUCACCGAGCCGCACCCGACGGUGCCCAAGAACAGCUACACGCACUCCGGCCGGGGCGGGGCAGGCAACUUCUUCCGGGCACCAGCAACGACCUCUCCGUCGGGUGUACCGACACGCACCGUUUCCAACACCACCACCACCCCCGCCGCCGCCUCCAGCAGCAGCAGCAGCCGAUUCUACUCCGGGCGGGGCGGCGCGGGCAACGCCCACCUUGCGGGCGAGCGGCCCGUGCUGUCGUUUGACGAGGAGUUCACGCGGGCCGAGGUGCGCGAGAAGACGGCCCGGCUUAGCCAUGUUGGCCGGGGCGGGGCUGGCAAUAUCUUUAGUAUCGGCAGUGGUACCAGCAGCAAGGCGACUGCGGAGAAGGAGCGCCGCGACUCGUCGUCGACUACGGAUAGCACGCGGUCGUCGGCUGGUGGAUUUUGGGGACGGAUUAGCGGUCAUUGA